CCUCUACCAAGGGAAACAUAACCUGCGAGUGAUCGUAGGUGUGAGAGGACAACAAAAUAUAAUGCCAGAGGAAACGAAAAUAUUAUAGUGCUUAUUGGUGUCGCGUGCUUUGGUAUUUAUGGAAAUUCCUCGGCCGACAGCAUGGCAGAGUAUUGGUUAGACGAUGCAGAGAGAUGGAAAUGGAACUGGACUGAAUUAUGUGGUCGUCAUGGGGACAUUAAUCCUUUGAAUCCAGAAACGCAUGACUUAAGUAUAUGUUUUCAACAACUGUGUCUUCAGAUACCAGUAUUAGCUUUUAUAGCUAUUAUUUCUGCAUACUACUGUGGAAGAAGAGACACAUCCUCAGCUCGACAGCAGUGUGCUUAUCAUGCUUUAAACAUAAGGAUCUUAAUUACAAUAUGUCUUGUGAUAUUACCUAUCAUAAGAGCAUAUAUUAUUUUAACCAAUACUGUCAUACCUUUGCAUGACAGUGUAGAAAGCGGUACAUCAGUUCCAGAAAGACUGGACAUUUUUACUCGCAGGAACAUAAAUUCAUCAUUAGGGAAUGAAACAGACAUUAUAAGCAGGAUACGUGAUGGAUUAAAUCACACGCUUAGAUUUGCGGAAUCAAUUUUUUCCUUGAAAAGUAGCACUGAAGAUAUUACAACUCCCGUCGCGUUAUAUACAAAUUAUGAAUCGAAUAUUACCGAUAAAUUUACUUCUGCUAAACCAGUAGAUUAUCUUGUGGCAGGAACUGAGGGUUUAGCAUGGGUUGUGCAUCUCUGUUUUAUUUUAAGCUUGAAACGUGGACGUAAUUCCAACCCACGAGGACCAGUUUUGGUACGAGCGUUGAUAUUUCUCUUGAUUGUUAUUUCUUCAUUAUUAUUACGCAGCCACAUCAAUAAUAAGCCUAAAGAUGAUGUUCUACCAAAUCUGUCAUUGGGAUUCAGUAUCACUAUAGUCAUUCUUUUGAUACUGUACACUAUAACAUUAAUACCUGGUCCUGAUAGGCCAGAACGGAUGAGAUCGUCAUUCCAAAAUACUACAGUAGGAGAACGCACUCCACUACUGAGUAGUUCCACUUCUUCAUACGUACAAUUUCCAGAAGAACAGGAUCCGAGUUAUCUUGGAAUAGCUAUGGAAGAUACUACUGUUAUUUCUAAACUUUUAUUCCAUUGGGUGACGCCGUUAAUGGAAAAGGGUGUUAAAGGACUACUAAAUCAUUCUGACGAUUUAUUUGAUUUACCUGAUCAAAUCAGUACCAAUACAAUCAGCCAUAAGAUUGAUCAACGCUUACAUAAUAUGUCGAAAACUGUGAACAAUGGAAUCGAAAGUAACUCUGAAGUACCGCUUCAUUCAAAUGUAAAAAUAGUUACGAAAAAAAUGACACUGUUGCACUUAUUGCAUCAAUGUUUUGGUUGGGAAUUUUAUGCGGUUGGAAUUCUUAAGUUUGUCGCAGAUUGUAGCUCGUUUAUGGGACCAAUAUUAUUAAAUAAACUCAUAGGUUUCAUUGAAGAUAAGAACGAGCCAAUCUCACACGGAUAUCUAUACGCAUCCCUUAUAAUAAUAAGUGCUAUAAUUGGUGCCUUUUGUAAUACUCACUUUACAUUUUGGAUGUCACUCGUGGGUUUAAAAUUUCGUUCUGCAAUUAUUACUUUAGUUUAUCGAAAGACAUUACAUUCGUCUAAUACCGAUUUAAAUCAGAAUUUUAAUUUUGGUGAAAUUGUUAAUUUUAUGAGUACUGAUAGUGACAGAUUGGUCAAUAGUUGCCCUAGUUUUCAUACAUUUUGGAGCAUACCAUUACAGUUAUUUGUGACGCUGUAUCUUCUGCAUAAACAAAUUGGAGUGUCAUUUUUAGCUGGCGUUGUGUUUUCAAUAGUACUUAUACCAAUCAAUAAAGUAAUAGCAAAUAAAAUUGGUAAGCUCAGCACUAAACUGAUGGAAUAUAAAGAUCAAAGAGUGAGACUGAUGGGAGAAAUACUGCGCGGGAUAACUACAAUUAAAGUUAAUGUAUGGGAGGACCACUUCUUACGAAAUAUCUUCAAGAUAAGAGAGAAUGAAGUAAAAUAUCUACGAGGUAGAAAAUAUUUAGAUGCACUUUGUGUUUAUUUCUGGGCAACUACACCUGUCAUUAUUGCAAUAUUAACGUUUGCAACAUAUGUAUUGCUUGGAAAUGAAUUAGAUGCCAAGACGGUUUUUACCAGUAUGGCGUUGUUGAAUAUGUUAAUAGGACCUUUGAAUGCGUUUCCAUGGGUUUUAAACGGUCUUACAGAAGCAUGGGUAUCUCUUAAAAGAAUUCAAAGAAUAUUGGAUCUACCAGACAUGGACGCGUCAUUGUAUUAUACAGAUAUUACUCCUGACGUUGAUUUAUUGUUACAAAAUGUAACGUUGACUGUAAACCGUCCAAGAAAUAACGAUAUUACUAUAAAUGCAAGUCCGAAGAUUGUGAGCUCUCCAUCUUCCAGCACCGACAUUAAAAAAAGCGUUACUUUCGAAGGCGAUGAUUUUGCCUUAUAUAAUAUUAAUUUAUCUGUACGAAAGGGACAAUUGAUUGGUAUUAUGGGCAAAGUUGGAAGCGGAAAAACUUUACUCUUAGAUGGUAUUUUAGCAGAAAUUACAAAAACUAGUGGAAUAAUAGCAGUUAAUGAUGAUCAUAAAGGUUUUGGAUACGUGAAACAAAAUCCUUGGCUACAACGUGGUACAAUUCGAGAAAAUAUUUUAUUUGGGAAACCGUAUGAUCAUAAUAAAUACAAGAACAUUUUAAAUGCUUGCGCGCUCACGUCUGAUUUAAAUUCAUUACCCAAUAAGGACUUAACGGCUGUUGGCGAAGCCGGGAACACUUUAAGCGGUGGUCAAAAGACAAGAAUUUCCUUGGCUCGCGCUAUAUACGCGGACAAAGAUAUUUAUUUGCUAGACGACAUAUUAGCGACGUUAGAUGUCAAAGUUGCCAGAUAUGUUUUUCAGCAUGUAAUUCUGGGCUUGUUACGAAACAAAACUAGAAUAUUGUGCACGCAUCAGACUCAAUACUUGAUUCAUGCGGAUUUAGUUAUUGAGAUGUCGAAAGGAAAAAUUGUUAAUCAGGGAAAACCGAGUGACGUAUUACCCGAUUUGGAGGAUUAUCUUUUGUUGUCAGAUUCUAUCGAAUCCGACGUGGAUGUCUCCUCUGUAAAGGUAUUCAAUGAAUUUAGUCGAUCCGAAAAAGAUGAGAUAGAUCCAUUACUUGACAAGGAAGCGACCGAAAAAGGAACGGUACAUUUUUCGGUGUACAUGUGUUACAUUAAGGCCACAGGACGAUACUUGGCGAUCUCAAUAUUUCUCUCUAUGAUUUUGAUGCAAAGUUCGAAAAACAUCACGGACUUAUGGCUGUCGUACUGGGUGACGCACGCCAAUGCUACAAUGAGUAAUUCAACCGAUAUAUCCAGACUUGGGAAAUUGCAACUCUAUUACGAUAACUAUAGUUUUCAUGAUACAAAAUAUUACUUGACAGUUUAUAGUUUGCUGGCUGUAUUCAAUUCUAUUUUUACUUUAAUUAGAGCUUUCAUCUUUGCGUACGGUGGAAUCCACGCAGCCGUAACAACGCACAAACAACUUUUAAAGAUAGUUAUGCGGGCAAAAACAAUGUUUUUCGAUAUUCAACCGGUCGGCAGGAUUAUAAAUAGAUUCUCAUCCGAUACAUAUACAAUCGACGACUCUUUACCUUUUAUUGCAAACAUCUUGUUGGCACAUCUGUUUGGUUUGGUUGCUACCAUUAUAGUUACAGCUUAUGGACUACCAUGGAUCUUUCUGGUAUUAGCACCUCUUAUACCCGUCUAUCAUUGGAUACAAAAUCAUUACAGAUUAACGUCGAGAGAAGUAAAACGAUUAUCCAGUAUUACAUUGUCUCCCUUAUACGCCCAUUUCAAUGAAACUUUGACCGGCUUGACGAGUAUCAGAGCUUUUCGCUCUGUAUCACGCUUUAAACAGGAUAACGAAUUGUUAUUAGAAGCCAAUCAGAAAGCUCAAUUUGUUUCUAUAGCCGCGGGUCAAUGGCUCGCUCUAAGAUUACAAUUUAUCGGUAUUGCCCUUUUAGCCGGAGUUAGCAUUAUGGCAGUUUUACAACAUCAAUAUAACAUAGCCGAUCCUGGUUUGAUCGGUUUAGCGAUCACGUAUGCAUUGUCUGUAACUGGAUUAUUAUCCGGAGUGGUGAACUCUUUUACUGAGACUGAGAGAGAAAUGAUUGCGGUGGAACGAGUCAAACAGUAUUUAGAUAACGUGCCGACUGAGAACAUAAUGGGGGCUAAUCCACCUUACGCGUGGCCUAGUCAGGGUGUUAUAGAGUUUGAAAACGUCAUCUUGAAGUACAGGGAUCAUUUAGUUCCAUCGUUAAAGGAAGUAACGUUUAUCACGCGACCAGCGGAGAAAAUAGGCGUCGUUGGUCGAACGGGUGCUGGAAAGAGUUCAUUACUAGCCUCAUUAUUCAGGUUAACGGAAAUCAGUUCUGGAAGUAUAUCAAUUGAUAACGUAAAUAUUCAAACGUUGUCAUUAAAAGCAUUAAGAUCCCGAUUAGCUAUUAUACCUCAAAAUCCUUUUCUCUUUUCGGGUACCAUUCGUGAGAACGUGGAUCCAUUGGAUCAAUACACCGAUAUGCACAUAUAUAAGGCUCUUGAGAAGUGUAAAGUGCACUCUUUAGUUUAUCGAUUAGGUGGGCUGGGCGCAAUCUUGGACGAAGGUGGCAUUAAUCUCAGCGCCGGCCAGAGACAAUUGUUCUGCUUAGUUAGAGCUGUGUUACAUAACGCUAAGAUUGUUUGCAUUGAUGAAGCCACCGCGAACGUAGAUCAAGAAACGGAUAAAUUUAUUCAAGCGACGAUUAAGUCUUCUUUCCAAAGUGCGACAGUUAUUACCAUUGCUCAUAGAAUAAGAACGAUUAUGCACUGUGAUAGAGUUCUAGUGAUGGGAGAUGGUGAAGUGUUAGAAUUCGACGAGCCAAAUUUAUUAAUUCAGAAUGCCGAUUCUUAUUUUUAUCAAUUGGCUAGCCAAGAAUUUUCGGAUCAAGAGUGAUUACAUAUGAAGCAAUUUGAUGAUAUAUAAUGAGUGUAUCUAACAUUAUACGUAAUGAUUAUACACAAUGUGCUAUAGAGACUUCCAGAGAAAUGAAUUAUUUUUCUACGGAAAUAACAGGAUUAUAUAUUUUUUAAGAAUAAGCUAAAAGAGUGAUAUCUACGAAAACGAUCGUUUUUAUUUAUGAAAUAUUUAAUAUGUAUUAAUAUCAUGACUAUUAUUUUAAACAUUAUAGUUAAGAAAAUCUGCGAUUUUAAUAACAUUGAUGUGAAUAUAAGAUUAUCUCUGUUUUAUAUACAAAUAAACGUCUACCUAGUAAGUAAAAAAA